UGACAAAACUGAUGAGUAUUUUCUCGCGUUCACCAAUGUUCAGUGCUUUGUGAACACAUAUUCUUUCGUUCUUGUAUAUUUCCUAAGUUUCAUUGGGUAUACAAAGAAAUGUGCAAACCUGUAAAGACAAUUCAGCCCGAGGAGAUCUGUCUCCUGUGUCUUCACGAAGAGAGAUCAACAGCCAACGAAGAAUUUAAUACUGUCGUUUCGUUGUUGCGCGAGGGAAAAUUUCAGCAAUUAUUUCAACUUCCGUGGUUCUCCAUCUUUCGUCAUGAUAACCUGCAAGGUUUCUCUAAACAGUUACAGGAGAUUAUUCCGAAACUGGAGAAUGCCGCUGUUCGGCUACUCUCAUCAGCUGUGGCUUUUCUCUUUUACUUCAUUCAGCAGAACUUUAUUGGGCCAAUCAACACCGAGGAGAUUACUUCCACACUGUUUCCAAGUUCAAAGCAGGUGUCGUGUUUGAGUAUCGAUGGGGAGGACGCGUACCAUUUAGUCAAGGCACCGGUGGAAUUGUUUAUAGCUAGAGUAAUUUUGGUGGAAUUUGCAGCCAAGCUUAGGUUAGCUACUUUCCACGUAUGGAGACAGCGAUACGCUGUUAUCCACCAACGGAUACUUUCUGAGCGUGUCGGCUCAUUACAGGAAAUCGUCAAAGAAAGCACUACUGAACUGGAGAAGAGCACUUUUGAGAAUUAUCCCGAACUAUGGACGGAAAUUCGUCUUGAAAGUGCUAUGGCAAAUCUUGAGUUUUUCCAAAUUGCCACAACUGAAGAGCUCCUCAUGAAUGCUUCAGAAAGGAUGGGUCUAAAGGCUGAACUAGGUGGAGCUCUCGGUACUAGAACUCAUUUUCAAACAAAUUCUAUUGCGCAACUAGUGCUCAAAAUUCAGCGGACUAAGCCACUUGACAAACCAAUUUCAACAACUUCGUACGCCGAAAACAAUUUGCCAAUCGACGUUGCCUUGCAAGAUGAUACCGUUAUGGACCGUACGAAAUUCGACGAAGAACAGAAUGACUGUACUUUAUCGUGUAGUGAGCAGGCUCUUAUUCUAGCUAUGUCAAUGCUUAAAAAACGCUUGAAUGCCCCCGAGGAGUUGCUCGAUGAAGAAGUAAUGGUUUAUUUAGAUAGAGUUCUUUCUCAACCAAAACUAUGGACAAUACAAUUCAGCGCGCUAUUUCAAAGGUCGGUUCUAGAAUGCAUGAAAAGCCGAAAGGUAGAACGCGCCCUGUCGCAGUAUCAGACGCUUGUGAACUCGGUUUCAAACGGAAGUCCAGCAUUUGGGUUGAGAAGUCAUAUGUUCUUUCUGUUGAAGUUUCCCACUACGUGGAAGCUAGAAAGGAGUCUUGCAAAUGGGUACAUUUCAUUAGGACUCACGAAGUCUGCCUUAGACAUCUACCUUCGACUGGAGCUGUGGGAGGAGGUCGUUGAAUGCUAUCAAAGAUUGCAAAGAAACGACCGUGCGAAAGCUAUUAUUACAAAAUUGCUUCAGGACGAAGAGACACCUUAUCUGUAUUGCCUUCUUGGCGAUGUUACUGGUGAUCCUCUGAAUUACCAAAUGGCUUGGAAGCUUUCGGGGGAAAGAAAUGCCAGAGCUAAACGAUCUUGGGGCUCUUACCAUUUCCAGCGCAAAGAAUAUGAAUAUGCCAUUCCACAAUUUGAAGAAUCACUCGAACUUAAUCGAUUACAUCAGCGCACGUGGCAACAACUAGCAUUUGCGUACAUGGAAACGGGACGUUUUGAAAAAUGCGUACAAGCCUACAAACAUGUGGUUAAUAUUGACAGUGAUAACUUCGAAGCGUGGAAUAACAUGGCCAAGGCUUACAUUUCGCUCGGUGAGAAAAAAAAGGCGUACAAGGUUUUGCAGGAGUCGAUAAAGUGCAACUAUGAAGACUGGCGGAUUUGGGAAAAUUACCUUCUUGUAUCGAUGGAUGUGGGUGCAUUUGAUGAGGUUAUCAAAAGUUGGCACCGUCUUAUUGACAUCAAACAGAAGCAUUCCGAUCCGAAAAUUGCGCACCUUCUAGUGCAGGUCGUUAAGGAGGACAUAAAAGACUUCGACGGUAAACCCGCGUCUGCAUACUUGCGUCCUAAACUAUUUGAGCUGUUCGGUAGGGCAACAACCGGAGUGACGAAUGACGCUGAACUCUGGGCAGCUUAUGGCGAUCUGUAUUUUGAGAGUAAGCCGCGCGAAGGCAUGAGCUGGUCAGAUCACGCACAUAAAAUGGUUUCGUGCUAUCAGAAAAGCUUGCGUUGCUAUACGCAGAAAAAAAAUUGGGACAAAGACGCUAAUACGACAUUGCAGAUUAUCGGAAACUGUCACAAUGUGUGGUCCCAGUUGCAGAAAUUAGCAAGCCGCGUGUCAACCGAGGAGAAGCGUCGUCUAGAAGAAUCUUUGAGGAUGACGAUACGGAACAUAAUUACAAUGGCUAAACGGGGCAUUGACUAUUAUCUUGAGGACCAGCAAGAUAGCAUCGCUCAAAGAACGGAAGAACUUGAGUAUCUAAUAAAGCCGUGAGAAAUUAUUCGA